AUGCUGCCCCCAGUGGAGCUGCCGCUGUUUCCCUCGUGCUACAACUGCAUAUCUUGGUCGGCGGACGGUGAUAUUGCCGUCGCGGCAGGGGACCAUGUGCAUAUUCUGACACCCAAGGGCUCUGACCAGGGCGUUGAAGGGCAUAAAACGAGUCCAGUCCGCUGGCAAUUCACACGCGUCAAGGUCAAUGUGUUUACCAAUGAUGAGUGGCCUACAAUUUACCCACAGAAACGGGCGGACUUCUCAAUUGGAGCGGAACAGUCUAUGAGCACGGUUGUUGGACUCUCAUGGUCGCCGCCGGGGAUUGCCAAACACCGGCGAUGCCUCCUCGCCGUUUUGACGUCCAAUAUGCUGUUGUCACUAUAUGAGCCUUUCGGCCCACAGGCUAAAUGGACAAGAGUAGCUGUCGUCAAUCAUGCGUUGAGGGAUUAUCUUUCUGAUUCGGCUUUCGAUGAGGGAGUCCGUCUACGAAAGGCCAGAGUACGCGCCUUCACAUGGAGUCCCCCUCUGCAGGUCCCGGAUUCUGGUGUUCCACACGCAGCCGCAACCCCGGAAAUUCGAUGGGGAGCUGGAUUGAUUGCUCUGGCCAACGAUGAUAAUGAUAUAGUUGUCAUUCAUAUCGGUUAUUACAAAGCAGUCUCCACAUCCUCGAACUAUUAUUCCAUGGGCAUUCUGUCCUCUACGUCGCUCCAAGAAGUGGAUGAGAAUUUCUCCAAAGUACAGACUGAAUCUAUUCUAUACCAAACACUCAAGUCCCAUACCAGGGUCUCGUCUCUGGCCUGUGGGCCAUGGAUUCAUCACUCUCCCGCUAAAUCUGCAAGCGCUAUGUUAGCUGUGGUAUAUGGAUCAGGUCUGCAAACUAUUAGAGUCAAUGUGUCUAUGAGCUUGGGCACGUCACAAGACGCGCUCCGACCUUCCUACAAGCUAGAGGCUCGAACAACAGAGCAUCGCCUCAACCUUGAGAAUGGAAAUAUACACAACUACCAAUUUACUGGUCCUCUUCAGUGGCUUCAUCAGGAGGGAAUGGACCCGUUGCAUCUUGCUGCCGGCGUAUUCGCGGGAUUGCUUACAUUUUCAAUGCCAAAGUCCGUUUACGACGGGUCCAGUGUGUCCAAUGAUGGUAUUGAGAUGCGGGAGACUCCAUUUGUCGAAAAAACAAACGAAAAUACCCAAGUUGACGGCACAAACCACUGGGAGCCGAUCGGUGCCAUGGGUUCAGUGGUCAAGGACAAAGCCAGUCUACCUUCUAUCCAUCUAGGUACAAUGGGCGGGUAUACUUUUGCAAGUACGUUUGGUGACGUGCGAAACCAGGAUAGCUCGUUUACGCCCUUCUGGACCAAACAGCUGGACGACUUUCGAGAACGUUUUGAUAUCGAUCGUGACCUUGGCGGACUUGCUAUUGUCCGCGUGAGGGGGCUUGCAUCUUAUAAGGGCAUUAUUGCUGUGGCCUUCACGAUGCACCCCGGUGAUGUUAUUGAAUAUCGCACUGCGGCAGAAGAACGCACCACGCUGGUAUUUGCAUCCGCAACACCAGAAGAUGAACUUGAGGCUCAGCUGGUUCUUCCACUGCCUCCCUCGAACUUGUCACCAAGUAACCUGCGGUCAAAAAGAGAACCUAUUCUGAGACUCGUGCUCGAUUUAGGACUAGACGUUGAGAUUGCUGACCCUUGGUCCCAGAGGCUACUUUACGCGGCAGUAUGCUGCACGAUUGUUGAUUCUGAGAAUGAGGAGCUGCUAUCACUGGCACACAAAGCCUUGAUCCGGCUUGCGACUAUUACCGGUGCAGAUCUCAGCGAGGAGAUUUCCAUGUGCCUGCAGAGGAAUAGGGAUAAUAUCGUAAAGACCAAGACUAUAGAACAGCUCGAGGGACCCGGCGGGCAGUUUUAUGAGAAAUGCGAGAUGUGCAAUGCCGGCUUGACAUGGUAUUCACCACAGGAGGCGCAGUGCGCAUCCGGACACCUCUUCGUCCGAUGUGCUUUGACAUUCAUCUCCAUCCAAGACCCGGGUAUUUCUAAAUUCUGUUCCAGUUGUGGAGCAGAGUAUAUAUAUGAAGGGUUGAUCAAACCUGCCACUGCCACUGAUUUAGGACCCUUGUAUCAAAUCGUUUCAGAUACAUUCGACACUUGUGUGCAAUGCGGCGGCAAGUUUCGCGACUGA